AUGAUCCCCACGCCGGAGAUUGCGCACCUACGUCGGAAAGAGUAUGCGGAUCAUGUCUACGAUCCAGCCGAAGAUACAUUUGCGUUGAUGGAUGCAAUCGAAGAAGAUGGGGGCGCCUUACAGGCCCUUGGCGCUUCGCUUUGCGUUGAAAUUGGCCUAUUCUUACGUCCCUCGUCGACGCAUUGGUACCACGCAUAG